AUGUCUUCCAGCGGAUCCAUCUACCUCUCCUCUAAAGACACUCUCAUCGAACGACCUUACAAAGAAACACCCUCCACUGAACCCUCUAUUCCCUCGACUCCCGAGAUGUCUAUAGUAGAAGAACGAUCUGUACCAUGGGACAUGGAUGAAGAGCAAGCAGCGCGGAAAGCAGAAGAAGGAUUCAGCGAGUAUCUGGAGGGACUGGACGAGAACGAACGACGAGAAGACGAGAUGAUCAGACGACUCACAGAAGACUUCGACAGACCCUCACCUUCCCGCUCUCCCUCUCCACCACCCCUUAUCUGCACACAGAGCAAGGGGAUCAUAUUCCCCGAUAGAGAGACGUACCUGACGACUCCCGUCGCCUACAUGAUGGGACUCAUCGAAGGAACACCGAACACUGAGUUUGUGUCAGGACCCACACAACCAGAGAUACAAAGGGCGUUAGAGAUUUUGGAAGAGGAGAGGAGCUUUGUCCGACAUGCACAGAGGGCUCUGCAGAUCCGGGAAGGAACACUCAUCGCCCGAAUCAAUGCGGGAGAGAGAAGGCUUAUGGGUUUGAAUCAAACUACAUGCCUCCAAGACUCCUUUCAUCCCGCCAAUGACAUUACCCCUGUCACUGAAUAUCACAUGCCUACCACGGCUGUGGUAUCUUGUGCCUCGUCUUCGGCCUCAAAUGGAGUACCGCUUCGCCCAAUGCCGGGGGCUUAUCCCAUGGAACGUGGCAGGGGAAGGGAUACCUACAGAUUCGCGCAGAUUUCACCUUGCUACCACGUCAUACCCACGUGGCUGGGAGUAAUCCACUCCUCUACCUGA